UGUGGGUUGACAGGCUACGGCGCGAGUCGUUUGCAUGAUCUUUCCUACUAGAAAUAGAAAAGUACUAGUUUCUGAUGGGGUCUCAGUGCCGUAGGAAUGCUGUCGUGUUGUGCACAUGUAUCGGACGUCCUUAAAAGAACGUGAUUCGACAAAUAAGAAGAUCUUCAUCUUCUUGUAUGUUUCUCUGUGUUUAGAAUUAGAAGAACCAGAAGUAGGAGCGAUUAAAGUUUUCGGAUCACGCGACCUUUGGCUUUUGCAUACUUGCUCAUAACGUUUUGACAAGGUUUACAUGAGAUAAGACGUAACGUUAAGGAGCACGAACGACAGAGAACAUCGAUCAGCAGAAGGAUCAAAAUGAAGGUGCGCGGUCGUGGUAGGAUGCGCGGUUUUGCUCUCCGACUGUCAGGCAUGCUAUUGCCAUUCGUAGCAGGGAAGAAAUUUCUCGAUGCAACUGUAAAAAACAUAGACGAUGCGCGGUCCAGGAUACAGCCUGUGAUGGGAACACUGUCGAAACUCGAUCCUUCGGAUAUUGAGUACCUUUGAAUUUAAUGAAAGACGAGAAGUAGAUCAUCUUGUAACAAAUUUCUUCCCGCCGCCACCAAGGGGAGGUGGACUACUUCGUGCGCCACUCUGCGUAGGCCGACGCUUGUGUAUGACCACUAGGCUUGGAUUUUUUUGUUGUCAAGUCGACAUGAUGAUCAGUCGCCUCUAUUCUCUAGAUGAACAUGACACGACUCUGCCAGGUACAUUGUGCAGAACCAUUUCUGGGACCUGGCGACAGAAAUAGUCACUGAGUCGCACAAGCAGAAAGUGGAUUUGUCAUUUGCAGUUAGAAAGGCUGUGCAAGGUGUGCGAAAUAAGGCGGAUGAAUUAAUUCGCUAUCUGAACCCAAAGUACCACGAAAAGCAAAAAGUUACGCCAGUCUACAGAUGGGCCCAGAACUCGACACACGUGUUUGUCACGAUAAAAUACUCUGUAAAAUGGGAUGCACCGGGAGCAGUUAACGUCAAGGACCCACAGGUAAGCACAAUCUCCAUGAUCUGAUCGUAAGAUUAAUUAAUUCCAGUUCUUGAUAGCUGCACUUUCUCAGAGCUCAAACAUUACCAAUGACUGUGCCCGUAAAUAAACCAGCACUACUCGUUGGAAACUCUUAAGAUGUGAAGAAGGCGCAGCAUGAAGAACCAAGUAGUACCAGAACAAGAUGAAAGAUUCUUCUUGUUAUUCAAUAAAAGAGCAGCCCCCCCCCACUGCAUCCAAUCUUUAAGGUUGUUUUCGACGACAAUGUCUUUCGCUUCACCGCGUCCGGAGAGCACAGUGGCAACAAAUACGAAUAUUCCCUUGACCUCGACUGUUUCGACGCAAUAGAUGAAGCAGGGUCGACAUGGUAGCUCCACUUAGCUUCUGGAAGUAAAUAGACCUCCUUAGCCUUACGAAUCAUGCUAGUAGAAGCAGACGCUUUCAGUGAUCAUGAGUACGUGUGGAUGUGGAAAAUAAUGAAGAUGAGCUGAGUUAGUAUCUACACGAGGUAGUCGAGGAACAAGAGGUAGACAUCAUCAUUUACUCUGCAGGUCUGCAGCUUCUGUGGGCCGAUUUACUGCCGUUCUUGCCAAGCGGCGGAUGCGACGGUGGCCCAGAUUGCUUCUCGACAAGAAGAAGAAGGGAACCGGACGGCCCGACCUUGGUCGGCAGGAAGAGCUGGACAAGGAGGACAGCCCAGCUUCCGUAGUGAUGCAGUCAGAAAAAAGUUGUGCGGUCAGCGAGAAAAUAUACUGCCCACACUCUGACAAGUGUAUGGGCAAUUGUACCACCUGUGCGGAGUGGAACAUACAGAGUCAUGGCGGAAACUUUUGCAGCGGUGCUCCCCAGAAAGCACCAGACAGUGUCGUUUUCACAGACUCGAACAUGAUGCGAUACCGAAUCGACGGAGAACUCAAGGUUAGUUUUUCUUGGUCCUAUUUUCAGGCACUUUUAUUUUAGGGCUGAUCACAGAGAUUGAUAGGCUUGGACGUUCUUGAUGUCAACUUCAUAUCUAAAGACUUUGUCCUCACGGCAGGAGGGGCGCUUUCAUCUAUCACUCAACAUCACGACCAACCCACCUACAGAUCGAAAGCAAGGAGCAGUAUCACGUGGAUAGCUAUGUGAUAAAAUAUGGUGUGGUAACAAGUGCGGAUCGCAAGGCGGAUGAACUCGAGACGAUUGCGGAGAUUCCCGCGAGCACGCAUAGCAAGUUUACUGUGAAAUCGCUUUCUGGCCUGAGACCUUAUUCGGCUUUGGAAGCCGGGCAAGAGAUGGCCCUCGCCGUGUUCUCGAAGAACACCUUCGGCGUACUAGAGACACCAGUCUGGAAGACUGUGGAGGACGCUUUCGUCCCAGAGAGCGGGCCAAAAAAAGUCAGCUUCUCGGACACCAAUGGCGAUGUUGGAAAACUGACAGGCGAUGUCGUCAUCGAAGGGCCAACGGAGACGGAAGACCCCACUAUCACGCAAUAUGCGCUCUACUUCGGUGAGAUUUUUGAUUUUAAUUGACCCAAUGAGCAGAACGAAUUACAACAUCAUCAUGAUUUGAAUUUGAUGUGGUUGCAACAUAUUAAACCUAUUGGUGAAUGACGAUGACAACAAAAUGCAAAUACAGCCAAGCGCGGCGGUCGGGUGCUGUCAAGCAAGAGCGACAGCUACAUUGGUGUCGAGAAUCGAGUCGCCGGGUCUGGCACGGUGACUUACAAGCUCACAGACAAAUCAGUACCCACUGGCACACAAGGAAUUAUAGCAUUUGCGAAGAAUUCGUUCGGUGAGAACAGGGAACAAGGAACUUACAUCGACGUGCAGGACGCGCAACGACCGUGUGCUGGUAAGAAGAAGACAUUUUCUGCUAGACAAUUGUAACUAACUUUUUUUUAGUGUGCCAAACGCCAAGGAAUUGAAAUGAAACAAUGCAGGAUGCAAGUUCUCAUUACAGUAUUUAUUGAGCCGUACUCCCUUUCACCUAGUCUCGUCUACUUUGCCCUAUCAGCAGAAAUAUGUACGACUUACAUGAAGAACCUCUCGUACAACUAUGCACCAAUUAAGAUUGGUGGUGUUUGUCGCAGACCACUACAUGUCUCGGUCUGCUUGUCGCUACGUCAAUUUUGACCGUAUCUGCGCCGUGGAAAAAGAUGGGGAUGGAGCAGGCGCAACAUUUCUUUUCGGGCGCGAUUGUGGUGCUAUUGCUGGUCGUGAUCUAUCCGCACACGGCGCUACGCCAGCUUGUCGAUAAACUAAACAGCAGGUGCUCAAAAAGUUUCUUUUUGGGCAGCACGCGAACAAACAACUGCAGGGUCUGUCAUCAUCCCCAUCUUUUUCCAUCGGGCGUGAAAUUUGAGUUGUACGAGGACAGGCCUGUCUACUUCCGUUCUUUUUUCCAGAUCUUCAGGAGCCAGUCAGCCGGCACCCCUACGUGCUCACUUCCUGUCUGCACGGCCCAUCAAACAAUUAGCACCAUCCAUAUCGCGCUCCCAGCACGUUCAACUUCAUCGUUGCUUUCCUAAAAACAAACAGGUGAAGACCGUGGAAGCUCGGUGAACUGUCCACCGCGGAUUAAGAGUAUAACGGGAGAUGCAUCUCCAGAGGCGAACGUUAUUUCUGUUGUCCUCGAUCUUGACAAGACUAUUCCGAAAGGAGUGACGGCAUCGGUGUAUUUGGCAACUGACAAGUCGUGCACCAAAGCAUCUAACUACAAAGUAGUAAUAUCACGGCUUGAUGAUCUGCAUUGUGAUACUGUCAGAUACAACGUAAAAUUGCACUAGUACUGUUCAUGAAUACCUCCAGGUUUAUAAUUCGAUAUCAAUUCGUUACGACAUCAUGACGGACAGACAAUAUAGAGACAAGAUUGAUUUUCAUUUUGGUAUCAAUUCCUUCCUGUCACCUACUUCUCCCAGGCUGUGGAGCACCAAGCAGUGGAGGCACAGAUCUUGUUAGAUAAUACUCAGCUGAAUGGAGACGGGGAGAGUUGGAGAUAUUCGCAUAUUUUGCUUUACACGAAAAACGAUUUUGGGACUAGCAAAUACUGUUCUGCGCACGCUUUCACGGACGCUGGAGCUGAUAUCGCGGAAAAGGCUGAACUCUAGUCGACAUUGAUCAUAAUAGUUCUUCUUCUCGCUUCUACGGGAGCAGCGAGGUGAUGGUGGAAGAAGAGUUAUCUUUCGAGCAGGUGGAUGAGCGAAUACUAGCGUCAACAUACUACAUAGACGGACAAAUAAUGAAGCGUGGGGACAGGGAUUGGCUCAGCAGAUGCGUGGAUGUAUAGGUGGAGACGAUCAUGCGUGGUGGCGAAGUGCCGACGAAGGUAAGCAAGUUCCUGUGCAGCUCCCAGCUGAAAUCACCGCUCUUCAUCCACAUGAUCAUGCGUAGUACCACAGGCGUACUGGUGUUAUCGCAGCGCGCACUUCCAAGAAUUCGAGACCCAUCCACCGACACCAGUUGUCACGUUGAUUCAAAACUACACGAUUAAGAAUUGAUGGUUUAGCAUAAAAUACGAAAACCGAAUGACAAAGUCCAAAGAACUGAUGCUGUAGUACCCAUUUAAUUUUUUCAUCGCAGCACAGGCAGUUCGCAAGCAAGUUACCAGCUUUAUUCGAAAGAAACGUCGUGUCUCACCGUAUUAAUCAAGUUCGAGUUUUCAUUUCCCCUCCGACCACGGAGAACCCAGAUGCCAACAUGAAUGAGUCCCAGCAUCCUGCACUGGGAGUUGUUCAGAGACCUCUCUCCACGACAAAGAACAAUAUCUCCCCACUCUCCACCUCCCCCACCCACGCUUCGCCCCCGAGUUAUCCCGUGACUUCAUAUUCCCCCAACUUCCCGUCCUCCCUUCUUGUUUUCACGUUGAUCAUAGCCACCACAAACAUUCAGUAGGGAAGCUUGAGACCUCAGAUAUUUUUUAGAACAAGGCUCCGACAGUGGUGAACCACAACUAGCCGCUGUGGACACUGCGGUUGUGUCUUCCGCUGCAGGCUAUUGGUCCUUUUGUUAUGUGAUCAUACUACUUACACCAGGCAUGUCGCUGCCCAGCGGUUUACUGUAGUUUGGAAAGAUUAG